AUGGCAUUCAACUUCAACUGGUCGCCUCUUACGGCCGACGCUGAUUUCUAUCAGCGCGCCAGAGACCUCCUGACGCAGGCGCUCAAUAAGUCGCCCAAACCUCCCAUCAUCGUUGACGACAUUCUCGUUAGCGAAUUCAAUCUCGGUACCGUGCCUCCCGAUCUCGAGAUUCUGGAGAUUGGCGACCUCGCCGAGGACAGAUUCCGAGGCAUCUUCAAAAUGUGCUACUCUGGCGAUGCCUUCCUGACUCUCAAGACCCGCGUCCAGGCAAACCCGCUCAACACCUAUCUCGACUCAAAACCGUUGUUUACAUCGCCGCAGCCUUUGGCUGCUGCUUCCGGCCUGACAAUCCCCGUCGCCAUUUCCCUCUCCGAGAUCAAGCUCUCGGCAUUCAUCAUCUUGGUCUUUUCCAAGCAAAAAGGCCUGACUCUAGUCUUUCGCAACGACCCCCUCGAAUCCCUCAAAGUCUCAUCAACUUUUGACUCGAUUCAAUUCGUCCGCGACUACCUCCAGCGUACUAUUGAGCAGCAGCUCCGCAAUCUCAUGAUGGAAGAGCUGCCAGCCAUCAUCCACCGUCUGUCACUGCAGUUUUGGUGCGCUGACCAGGCACAGAAAGGCGCCGAGACACCAACCGCCGAUACUGACAACCAGGGCUUGGACCCCUUCUCGAGCCCUCCCGAAGACCCUGUCGAUUCCAACGGCAAUCUGCUUGAUCUUAAUGCCAUUUCCGAAUUGACCCUGCACGGCGGAGAAAUGCAGUAUCUCUUCUCGCAGAAAAACUUGUUGCGUCUGGCCGCAUUGACAGAUUCGCAUCGCACUUUGUCGCUUUUCACCCCUGGCAUCCGCGAUGUCGUCUUUCGCGCCUGGUCGGGCCAUGCCGAUCACUCUGAUGUGACGAGCCCUGCUGUGGCUACACCCAGUCUGGCCAAGACGUAUUCACUCACCGGCGGUGCUAGCACCACAUACACCUUUUCCGAUACUGGCAGCGCGUCUCAUGGCUACCUGCCUGCACGGCCAUCCCUCUCCACUCUCAGCGCAAGUCAUAUUCCUCUUGCUGCUUCCGCAUACCGAUCGCGUCCCGGUCGCAAGAAGAAGACUCGUGUCGUCAAUCUCCGCCGCUCUCGUUCCGAAGCCGGCUCAAGCGACAACAUGGCCGACGCAUCGGACACUGCCUCGGUCAAUGUGCCUCUCUCCGAGCCUCUAAUGGCCCCCUCCGUUCCCGACGAAUCCGUGGAUGGCCGGGCUGUGUCAGAGGAUCUGCAUUCGAGCAAGGUCCGCUUUACGUCGCCGAGCUCUAAGGAUCGGGCUGAAGAAAAAACGAGCAAUGACCACAUAAAAUCGCACAAUCGCAACUCCAAGCCUGCGAAAUCCCCCCUCUCCCAAGUCCAUGAGGCUAGCGAGGAGCCAUCCGCCACUCAGUAUGCCAAAGAGAAGCUCGCCAUGCGCGACAGCGCGUCCGCCACCUCAGACACCUCGUCCGUCAUUCUCGAGCAAGCUUGGAUCAUGAAGAUGGCAGGUGAGAUUGCCCGCCGCGUCUAUGACGAGAAGCAGCGCCACGCCGCUCCUGACGAGGGAUGGGAAGAGGGCGCUGAGCGUCCUCCACCUCCAGCCUACGAAGCUGCCAACUAA